CUACUCAUCAUUCUCGCUCAACCCUUGAUGCCAGGUCAAUCAGCGGCCAAAUUCAACCGUGGCCAGUCUCCUGAAUGCGGACCCGCGCCAUUCCUCCCGCGAUAUUUGUUCACCAUCACCAGAAAAGCCGCUCCAAGGUGCCCUGAAGAUACAGACAUCCCAAAAUGAGCGGUCUUGCGGAAAAACAGGAAUCGCAGAAGCUCUUCGAAAAGCUGAAGACAAAGCAGGCAAACAAGACCUGCUUCGACUGUGGCCAGAAUAAUCCAACUUGGACAUCGGUCCCCUUUGGCAUUUACCUGUGCCUCGACUGCUCAGCCAACCAUCGGAAUCUCGGUGUCCAUAUCUCCUUUGUCCGAUCAACCAACCUCGACCAAUGGCAAUGGGAUCAGCUACGUCUUAUGAAAGUGGGCGGUAAUGAGUCUGCGACCAAGUUCUUCCAGCAGAAUGGCGGAUCUGCCGCCCUGAACAGCAAAGACCCCAAGACCAAAUACCAGUCCAACGCGGCAACAAAGUACAAGGAAGAAUUGAAGAAGCGGGCCGCAAGGGAUGCCAAGGAAUUCCCCGAUGUGGUAGUCAUCACCGACGCAGCAGCUGCCAACGGCUCCAAUACUCCGGCUGGAGAGCCGGACGAUGACUUCUUCUCGUCUUGGGAUAAGCCCUCCAUCAAGAAGCCCACCCCGCCAGCCUCGCGCACCGCCACUCCGCCCGUGGUCGGGCGGACCCCCUCCCCUUUCCUCGGCGCAGGCGCAAACGGCAACGGGAAGGAUAUCGCCCGCGCCUCGUCUCCGCUGGCUAAGACGGACAGCGAUUCCAAACCGGCCAGCAGCGUGAGCCGCGUCACCACCUCGGCUGCUCUGAGGAAGACAUCGACGACCAGCGGUCCGCGAAAGGCCAACGUAUUGGGCGCGAAGAAGACGCAGAAGCUCGGUGCCAAGAAGAUUACCGGCGAUGUUAUCGACUUCGACGAGGCGGAGAAGAAGGCCAAGGAAGAAGCCGAGCGCAUCGAGAAGCUGGGGUACGACCCUAAUGCCGAGGAGGAGGCAGCGGUGAAGCAGUCUAGCAAGGGCGACGCCAGCAACGUCAUCUCACCCACUCCGGUAAACCCGUCUCGGGGAGGCUACGGAUCCGGCCACAGCCGCGAGAAGUCGGCCUCCGAGGUGGAGCGGCUGGGUAUGGGUGUCGCGAGAUUAGGAUUUGGCCAGGUCGGUGGAGGCAAGGCUGCUGCCCAGAAGAAGACCGGCGGCGGUUUCGGAUCCGUUGGACCUAUCAAGAACAACACGGACGAUGAUGAUGAGAAGUAUGCGCGGUCCAAGUUCGGCAGCCAGAAGGCCAUCUCAUCGGACGAGUUCUUCAGCAAGGGCUCCUUCGACCCCAGUGCCCAGGCCGAGGCGAAGACGAGGCUGCAGGGAUUCGAGGGCGCCUCGGCGAUCUCGUCCAACGCCUACUUCGGCCGCCCCGAGGAAGACGACGCGGGCGAGGAGUACGGCGACCUGGAGACGGCCGCCAAGGACUUCAUCCGCAAGUUCGGGAUAACCGCCGGCGACGACCUGGAGAACCUGACCCACAUACUUGGCGAGGGCGCGGGCAAGUUGCAGGGUGCUAUUCGGAACUACCUCGGGAGUUGAGGGGAGCCCGUCUCGUUGGAUGGCUAACGGUCGCUAC